AUGCCCAAGUAUGCGAGGUUCCUGAAAGAGAUUCUAAGAAACAAAAGGAAGUUGGAGGACUUGGGACUAGUGACACUAAAUGAGGAGUGCUCAACCAUUCUUCAAAACAAGCUGCCAGUAAAGAGGCGUUAUCUAGGGAGUUUUAUUGUUCCUUGUAUUAUUAGUGAUUUGCAUAUUAAUGAUGCUUUAGCUGAUUUAGGAGCUAGCAUCAAUUUAAUGCCUAGCAGUUUGUUUGAAAAAUUAGGUUUGAGUGAGCCUAAACCUACUAGGAUGAGCGUACAGUUAGUAGAUAGGACUGUAAAAUUUCCUAGGGGAAUAGUUGAGGAUGUACUUGUUAAGGUAGGCAAGUUUAUAUUUCCUGUAGAUUUUGUUGUUAUGGACAUGGAGGGUGAGAGUAACAUACCUUUAAUUCUAGGUAGACCUUUCCUUGUAAUAUCUAGGGCUAUUAUAGAUGUUUGUGAUGGGAAGUUACAGCUUAGAGUAGGUGAUGAGACUACUACCUUUGACCUGAGCACUUUGAUGAGACAUUCACUUGACCAUGAUGAUACUGUAUAUUAUGUGGAUGUUUUAGAUGAUAUUUUGGGGUCUCAAUUGCAGGAAAUAUUACUUGAUGCUCCUUUGCAGGUGGCAUUACAAGCUGAGGAUGAGGAGGAGUUGUCCAAUGAGGAUGUAUUGCAACAACUUGCUUGUUUGCUGGCUAGUGAGCUCAACAGGUCUACUGACCAUCUUGUUGAUAUUGAUAGGUCAGGGGUGCAGAAAUUGAGACCUUCCCUUACGGAGCCAGCAGCCCUAGAGUUGAAGAAGUUGCCUAAGCACUUGACCCAUGCCUAUUUGAAUGAGGCGGACAAGCUGCCGGUGAUCAUUGCAGCUGAUUUGACUCCUGAGGAGAGCUUUAGCCUCUCUUAG